CUGUCCGGCUCAGCGGCUGUAGCUGGAAGUUUUGCGACGACGCUGAAUGCAGCUGCAGUAGUCAUGGCUGCUGGGUUCCUGAUCACCAGAAUUUUGCUGCUUUGUUUGUACUUGAUUGAACUGAACUAUUCCUCAGCUGUUCCAACAGCACGGCAGGAUGGAGAAAAGAAACAGGCAAAUGGCUUUGGGACCCGCCGCCCUCUUCACUAUAUUCGAGCUUUACGGCACAGAGCAGCCACAGUGGAACUGGGUACAGGCUAUUAAGUUGAAACCGAGGAACUGGAGGGAAGAUCAUGUACUAUCAUUUUGUUCAAUAAAAAUUUCUGAAGUCUA